AUCGUCUUCUUCAAUCAAAUGCGCUCUGUUAAAAAUCACUCCUAAACAUUUAUACAAUCAUCGUUCUCAGUGAAACUUGUUUGCUCUAAGUGAUUCCGGUUUGUUCUAAGUGAUUCCGGUCUGUUCCAAGUGAUUCCGGUCAGUUGCAGCUUUUGGGUGUAGUUGAUUCGAUUUUGAACCUUUUAUCUGAAAUUCUUACGAGGUAAAUGAUUAUCCACUAUUAAAAUGUGUUUGUUGUUUGUUUUCAUCGUAUUUAAGAUUGUAUUUUUGUAUAGUGUUUUCGUUUAUUAUUCCGUCGAGGGUUCCAUCAAUGGUUCCGAUUAGGGUUUUGUUUUGUGUACCAUUAUGAAGAUAAUCACUUUGUGUUCAUAUCUACUGAGUGUAUUGUGUUGAAAUUUUCCUUUUCUUGCAUGCAUGGCUGCUAGGGUUUCUCGUAAUUACUUGAAAAAAUUAGGGCUUUUCUGUAAAACCCUUUUUUUGUUUUCUUAAUUACUAUAUUAUGUUCUCUAUUGGUAACUGUUGGGGUUUUUCUUUAAGUUCUCUUGUAUAAUUGUCUUGUUGUGUCCAAAAAUUAGGGCUUUUCUGUAAAACCCUUUAUUUCCUUUCUUACUUAUCAUAACAUGUUUUUUAUUGUUAAAUGCUGGGGUUUUACUUUAAAUGCUCUUGUAUAAUUUUCCUGUUGUGUCUAAAUGUUGGGGCUUUUAUGUAAAACUCUUUAUUUCCUUUCUUACUUAUAAUAUAUUCUAUAUUGUUAAAUGCUGGGGUUUUACAUAAAAUGUCUUUUGCUUAAGGUGAAUCUUAGUUUUGUGAUUAUUGUUAUUGUUAUAGGUUGACAUAUGGCUUCUAAGUACCUUAACUUAAGGAUCAAACUUGGGGGUAUGUUAGUGAGUGAGGUAGGGCCAAUCUAUGUUAGGGGUAAAACUGAACGUGUGUUUAAUGUUGAUGAAGAUCACAUGUCUCUUCCUGAAAUAUCAGAUUAUUGUAAGUCUUUUGGGAUUGUUAAGUUAGGGAAGACUUAUGCAGUUCCAUCUAAAGGGGGUGAUCUGGUUGAAUUAAAAACAGAUAGGGACAUUUAUGACAUUGCAGUAUUCUUGCUGGAUGGGGACACAAUAGACAUAUAUGUGUGUGAUGACUCAGUUUUUGAGAAUUUGGGUCCCUCUGGUGGGCAAAGUAGUCAAGUUACAAGUGUGGGUAACACUUUAAGUCAAGUUGGUGAGACUUUUAAUACACCUUUAGCUGCCAGAAGUGAAUCUGAUUACCUUUUUGUUCCCCGUGGGGGGUUCUUUAAGUUCCCAAAAAAACAAUUUAGAUCUAAGGUUAGGUCAUUCUACUUCUUCUACUAUUCCCACUAGUGAUAGGGUUGAGACUGAAGGGGUUGAAGAUGGAUAUAGUUCAAUAGAUUGGACAGAUACUGAUGAAGAAGAAGUUGAUGCUACACCAACUGUCUAAGAUGAUGCUACAUCAACUGUCCAAGAUGAUGAUGCACCAACUGUCCAAGAAGAUGUUGCACUAACUGUCCAAGAAAAUGCAGAAGAAGAGGUAAAAAAUGAUGAUGAUGAUGAUUCUGAUGAUUCUGUUGAUUAUGGCAGUGAUGUGCAUGAGGAGUUGAGAAUUAUGAAAAAAGAUUUGAGAAAGUAUAACAGGGAUAAUAGGAGGAAAAAGAAGAAGGAGGUGAAGUUGGAGUAGAUGAAGGGUAUGAUGAUAUUAAUAAAGGCAAGAAAAACUUUAAUUGUAAACUGACAGGAGAUGAGCCAUAUUAUGAUAGUUCUGACUGUGAUAGUUUCCACUCUGAUGAUGAAUUGUUCCCUGUUUCUGACGAUGAACUUGAAGGAGGGCAGUUAAGGGGUAGAAAAAAGAGUAAUAGAGUAAUAUAUGACCCAACUUGUGAGGUUGUUAUAUGGCAGUGUGGCUUGGUAUCUGAGAGUGUUAAAGAGCUUAGAGAGGCAAUAACAAAAUAUGCUAUAAAAAAGGGUUGAGUUAGAUAAUUAUGUGAAUGAAUCUCAUAGAGUAAGGGUGAGGUGUAAAAGUGGAUGUCCAUGGUUGUUGUAUGCUAGCAGAGAAAGGAGAAGUAAGAACUUCACUAUCGAGACCUACAACCCAAGGCACAAUUGCAUAGGGAUGAAUACUAAUUUCCUCUGUAACUCAAAAUUUUUAUCUAAGUAUUUAAAGAUAAGAUUAUCUCACAGCCUAGGAUUAAAGGUUGGGAAAUUCAAGAUUGGGUAAGGAAAGAAUUGGGUGUUUAUGUAGGCAAGGCAGUGUGUUUAAAGACAAGAAAAAUGGUGUUAAAAGAGGUUAUGAGGGACCAUGUUGCUGAAUUUAAUAGAAUUCUAGACUAUAAGGAUGUGUUGCUGCAAACAAAUCCUGGUAGCACUUGUCUUGUUAGGCUGACUGAUGGAGAAAAUGGGAUGAAACAGUUCCUAUCUUUCUACAUAUGCCUUGCUGCUAUGAAAAGGGGUUUCCAGCAAGGGUGCAGGAAGUGUAUAGGGCUGGAUGGGACAUUUUUGAAGGGAAUUUGUAAAGGUCAACUGUUGGUAGCUAUUGGUAAAGAUGGAAACAAUCAAAUGUUUCCUUUUUUAAUGGGCAAUAGUUGGUACUGAAAGCAAGGAUACAUGGAGAUGGUUCAUGAUGAUUUUGAGAGAGGAUCUGAACUUAGGAGCUGGUUCUCAAUUAACUAUCAUCAGUGAUAUGUAAAAGGGACUAAUAGCUGCUUCUAAAGAAAAUUUUCCUGAAUGUGAGCACAGGAUGUGUGCUAGGCACAUUUUAGCAAAUUGGUCACAAAGCUGGAGAGGCAUAGAAAGAAGGAAAAGAUUCUGGGGUUGUGCUAGAGCAACAUUUGAGGCAGAUUUUAAGCACAAGCUUGAUGGUCUAGCCAGGUUGGGUAGAAGUAUUGUAGAGGACCUCAUCAAGUACAACAAAGAGAAAUGGUGCAAAGCAUAUUUCCAAACUUUCUCCAAAUAUGACAGUGUGGAUAAUAACAUGGCAAAAAGUUUCAAUGCAUGGAUCUUGGGACCAAGACACAAGACUAUUAUUUCAAUGUUGGAAGAAAUCAUAAUUAAGGUGAUGAACAGAAUUUCUAAGUCAAGAACAUUUGCUGAAACAUGGACAGAUGAUUUAUCUCUAAUGGCAAUGAUGGUGUUCAAUUUGAAUGUAGAGAGAUCAAUGCAAUGCAACAUUGAUUGGAAUGGUGAUGAAGGAUUUGAAGUGUUAGAAGGGUCAUACAAGCAUACUGUGAAUUUGGGACAAAAGAAGUGUAGCUGCAGAUCAUGGGAACUGAAGGGCAUCCCAUGUGCCCAUGCUAUUACAUCAAUGAACCAUAUGAAUAUGGAUGCAUCACAAGAAAUUUCAAGCUGGUACAGAAAAGAUACAUAUUUGAAAGCUUAUUCUAGCUUUAUUCAACCAGUUCCGAACAUGAAAAUGUGGCCAGAGAGUACAAAUCCAAUUGUGGAGCCAUCUGAUGUGAGAAAGAUGUCGGGUAGACCUCCUAAAAACAGGAAAAAAAAAAGAGGUUGGAGAAGUGAAAAAAGCUGGUAAGUUGCCUAAGUGUGGGAUACAAUAACAUGUUCAAUCUGCAGAGGAGCCAAUCAUAACAAAAGGAGUUGUCCAAAAAAUCCUAUGUUUAAGACCAAAUCAAGACCCACACCAGAGUGUGCUGAACCCUCACAACAGUCCUCUAAUGGAACUAAAAGGGGUAGAGGUCAAUAUGAAAGAGCAACUACUAGCAGUAGAGAUGGAGGAACAAGUACUAGAGGCGGAGGAACAAGUACUAGCAGUAGAGGAGCAGGUGCAAGAAGUGGUUACAAGAGACCAAGGGUUGUGGGGCAAGGUGUAUUUGUUACUGAAACUGGAUAUACUUCAAUUAAUCAAGGAUUGGCUAGCAGUAGGAGGGUGAAUACCGGUGUGAGGAGUUCUGCACAUGUUAAUGGUGAUAUUGGUUAUCAACCCACUAAAGGAUUAAAGUGGAAAGGCAAACAAGUUGUAACUCAAAGGGAACUUCAAGUCCAAAGUGUUGUGCAUCGCAUCCAAACCAGGUCAAAAGCUAUUUGGAUUCAAACGAGGGCACAAGCCAAGGCAAAGUCACCCGCAAAAGCUGCCAAGGGAAAAACUGCCUCAAAGACAAAAGCUGCUAAGGCAAAGUCUCCAUCAAAGAAAACUUAGUGCAUGUGUUGAUGGUGAAUGUUAGACUAACUGUUAGUAUUCAGGUGUUUGUGGUGAUUGUUCAACCAAACUUAAACUAAUGUGUGUUAUUGCCUUUGUUGUUUUAAGUGGAUCUGUUGGCUGUUUUUGGUUGAAACAAUUGAGCACUUUGGUGCAGUAAUGUUUGUGAAACGAUGAAGCAUUUGGGUGGUGUUAUCAAAUGCAUCUCUUAUGUGGUA